AAGAGCCCAGCAACGCGACCAACCAGCCCGUCGAAGCUGCGCAGCUUCGCCCGGAGGUCCAGUGCACUCGUGCUGCAUCGCUGUCGCUGAGUCGAACGGCUAGUUGAGCAGCAGCGCCGACGCAUUGCCAGCAGGUCGCAUUGCCAGCAGCAGCGCUGUCGCAUUGAUGGGCCGCCGCGGCGGCAGCGGCAGCCAAUCCGUAGCGAAGGUCGUCGCAGUGUUCCUGGCAGCGUUCGUCGCCGUACACCCGCCGCUCAAGCUCUGGGUGCCGUGGGCCGCUGAAUCAUUCGUCGCAUCGAUCAUCGGGCGGCCGUGGGGCUGGCGCCAACAUCCGUGGCAACCUCUGGCAGACGUUCCGGUGCCACCGACUCGUGUGAACACCAUCAAUGCCACCGAACUCGCCGCCGGCGCGACGGUGGACCUCACGCGGCCGCUGCUCGUGCGUGGAGCCGCGACGGCCGAGGCGCUCGAGCUGUUCUCGGUCGAGGCGCUGCAGAGGCCACCGCUGGGCGACGUUGUGAUUGACUACUUCGUCGACGCGACCCGGUCGGGACACCUCGUGCCCGACGGCCGCGCGAGACUUGGCGACGUCGUGCGAAACAUCACGCUGGGCGCACCGCACAAGAUCGGGUCCCAGUACGUUGUGUCGCGGCACGGCUGUUGUCCGGAUAGAGCGGAGCGCGCAAAAACCCUCGAAGCGCUGCUCCCGCGGCCGCUCGCGCGCGCGCUCGGAGGAGAACGGCGCUUCUCGACGACGGCGCUGGAUCUAAGCCUCCUCACCGUACCAUUAUUCGUCGCGGGCACGCCCGUCGGCGCCCGGCCGCGCACGGACCUGCAUUCCGAGCCGAUCGCGUCGGUGGCCGUGCAGCUCCGCGGGUCGAAGCGCUGGACGCUCGUCGACGCGGGUCGAAGCGCGGUCGUGCGGCCCAGGCCGUCGCCGGACGGCCGAGCUUAUUUUCGAAGCGCCUUGCACGACUCGGAGGUCGACCGCAUCGAGGGCCGCUACGAGGUCGAGACGGCGGCGGGGGACAUGCUGUACGUGCCCCCCUGGACCUGGCACGCCGUCGCCUACGACUCCACGGACGUCUCCGUCGCCGCGUCGCUCUUCCACUUCGUGCCGUCCUCCUUUAUCAGGAACCAGCCAGCCUUCGCGGCGGCCAUCCUGCCGAACCUCGCGAAAGAGCUAGUGGGCGUAAAGACGCAGUGA